AUGAUGGUGCACCACUGGAUCAUGCUGAUUCUAUGGUCCAGAUCAAAGUUCAAAUACUUGCGAAACUCCAAAUUGGGAGCCGUGGUUAUGUACUCGGAGCAGAAAUCUUCCAGAUCCUGUGUCGAAGCACAAAACGUGUUUGAUUCUAAGUUCACCUCCACCUUCAAGUCUUCUUCUUCAACCAAGAUCGGUGAAUUGUACAACAUCUCGAGUUUCUCCAAAUCAGCGUCCACAAGCUCUUUGUAG